UGGGCAGCCUAGCUGGGAGGGGGGAUGCAUGAGAGUGAGUGUGAGUGUGGGUGUGAGUGAGUGCUCACAAGCUCCCCGGGUCACCCCCACUGGGGAUGUCUGGAGCCAAAGCAGGCUCUGCUCUCAUUAGGAAGCUCAAUGCAGUGAGGGGCUUCGGAGUUUUCCAUCCUCAGGGCUGGGGGUGAGCCCAGGUGCUGCUGCCUCGGGAGAGUUUUUCAAGUUCAAAGGCUUCGGGAGCCUGAGCAGCAUCCCCCGCUCCUUCACCCUCCGGCGCAUGUCCGUGGCCCCCAGCUCUCCUGAGAGCCUGGGGCCAGGUCUCCCUCCUCCCCAUGGCUUCCUGGAGGAGCCCUUUGACAGCACCCAGGAUGAUCUCAACACCAUGCCCAAAAGCCCCGGCCCCUAUGCCCGGUCAUCGGACAUGUACAGCCACAUGGGCACCAUGCCCAGGCUGAAUGUGGGUAAGGCCGGGAAGAGCCUGGGAAAAGCCAAGAGCAGCCAGAGCUGCCGGGUGAAAGGGACCCCCAGCAAUAAACCCCACCAGACAGCCCCGCUCCCCAACACCAAGAUGUCCAGCGAUGCUGACAUGGGCACAGACUCACCCUCAGCCAUGGGGCAAACAGAGCAGGAGGAUGAAGAAGCUCAGCCUGUGGACACCCCAGGGGCAGCGGUGGCCAGGAUGCACCAAGAGCCUGCAGGGAACGUCUCCUGCCCUGGGGCAGAGGCACCGAGCUCCAGCCUGGCUCCGAAGCCCAGCCAAACCCUGACCCCCAACACAGCAGUGGGAGCGGAGAUCACAUAUAGGGAUCUGCUGGAAAAGGGGCAAGACCAUCCUGGCAAGAGCUCCCUGGACAGCCACCACGAUGGCCUGGAGUCUGGCAGCGAAUACGUGAAGUUCUCCAAGGAGAAAUAUAUCCUUGACUCGUCACCAGAGAAGCUUCACAAGGAGCUGGAAGAGGAGCUGAAGCUGAGCAGCACUGACCUGCGCAGCCAUGCUUGGUACCACGGCCGCAUCCCUCGGGAGGUGUCAGAGAGCCUUGUGCAGAGGAACGGCGACUUCCUCAUCCGUGACUCGCUCACCAGCCUGGGCGACUAUGUGCUGACAUGCCGCUGGCGAAAUGAGCCCCUCCACUUCAAGAUCAACAAGGUGACAGUCAAGUCCAGCGAGGGCCAUACACGUGUCCAGUACCUCUUUGAACAGGAGAGUUUUGACAAUGUGCCUGCCCUGGUCCGCUUCUACGUGGGCAACCGCAAGGCCAUCUCCGAGCAGAGCGGUGCCAUUGUCUACUGCCCCAUCAACCGCACCUUCCCCCUGCGCUACCUGGAAGCCAGCUACGGGCUGGCCAACGGGAAGCAUGGGGGACCCCACAGCCCCACCACCCAGAAAGGGGGGCACAUCAAGAGGAGGAGCAUCACCAUGACAGAUGGCCUGACAGCAGACAAGAUCACCAGGGCCGAGGGGUGCCCAACCAGCGUGUCGUUGCCCCACCACAGAGACAUCAUUCGGAACUGUGCUGUCAGCGUGGACCAGAUCCAAGACCUGCACUCCCCGAUGUCCCCCAUUUCUGAGAACCCAGCAUCACCUGCCUACAGCACAGUUACACGGCUAAAGCCACAUGCCUGCCAAGCAGCUGGGAUUGCCCCAGCCUCUCCAGUCUUAAGAAGGUCCAGCGAGCCCCAGCUGUGUGCGGGGAACAACAGCAAACCUCUGCCAGACCCUGCCCACAGCACCCACUCAACUCCCUGCCACGGGUAUGCCCGUGCCUCCCCCUCUCCCUCUGUGAACAGCUACAGCGACCCGGACACGGGGCAUUACUGCCAGCUCCACCCCACCUCGCCCAUCAGCAGGGACCGGCCAGCUCAUGACACCAAGCAGCUGCCAUCAAAGAGCUAUGUGGAGAGACUAAAGGUGGAGGAAGGACAGAGAGGGACUGUGGAGAAUGGUUCUGGGGAAGCAGAGGCAGGGCAGAGGCUGAAAGGAGAACUGGACUUCGUGGGCUUUGUGCCCCCCACCAUGGAGACAACCUCCUGCUUCAACCCCACGGCCUUCCAGUCCCUGCUCAUCCCCCUGGAGAACAAACCUCUGGAGAUGGCUGUGCUCAAGAAGGUCAAAGAGCUGCUGGCAGAGGUGGAUGUGAAGACGCUGGCCAAACACAUCACCAAAGUGGACUGCCUGGUUGCCCGGAUAUUAGGUGUGACGGUGGAGAUGCAGCGGCUCAUGGGGGUGAGCUCUGGCAUGGAGCUGCUCACCCUGCCCCAUGGCCACCAGCUCCGCCUUGACCUGCUGGAACGGUUUCACACCAUGUCCAUCAUGAUCGCCGUGGACAUCCUGGGCUGCACAGGCAGCACGGAGGAGCGGGCGGCCCUGCUCCACAAAACCAUCCAGCUGGCCGCUGAGCUGAAGAGCACCAUGGGGAACAUGUUCAGUUUUGCAGCUGUGAUGAACGCCCUGGAAAUGACACAGAUCGCCCGGCUGGAGCAGACCUGGAUGGUGCUACGGCAGCGGCACACGGAGGGUGCGAUUCUCUAUGAGAAGAAGCUCAAACCGUUCCUGAAGGGACUGAAUGAAGGGAAAGAAGGGCCACCGCUGACGAACACUACCUUUCCCCACAUCAUGCCUCUUGUGACUCUUCUGGAGCGGGAUGAGGCUCUGACUGACAGCCCCGAGCCCUGGGAGACCACCGACGAUGGCGUGGAGGUGGUCAUGGCCCACCUGGAGGCAGCACGGAUGGUGGCCCACCACGGUGGGCUCUACCACACCAAUGCUGAGGUGAAGCUGCAGGGUUUCCAGGGCAGAGCAGAGCUGCUGGAGGUCUUCAGCACCGAGUUCCAGCUGCGGCUGCUCUGGGGCAGCCGUGGGGCCGAGAGCAGCCAGGCUGAGCGCUACGCAAAGUUUGACAAGGUCCUCACUGCCCUGUCCCACAAGCUGGAGCCGGCGGUGCGCUUCAGCGAGCUGUAACCCCCUGGGUGCUUGGAGACCCCCCAGCUCCCACCACGCCCCCCACCAGUGGCUGUGGAGCAAGGGAUGGGGCUGGCCACCCAGCACCAGGAGGAGAGAUGGCCCCCAAGGGCGCUGGGGGACAGCUCAGAAACGUGGAGAGAAAGAGGAGGAAAAGCAGCCACCUCCCAGCUCCCCCCAACCUCCUCGGGGCACAGCAGGCCCAGGAGUCUGCACCACUGCCCUGAAGGAUGGGGAUGCUGCCUGGGCAGGCCAGCACCGGUGUCCGCCACCCAGCCCUGCCGAGGUCCGUGACUGCACUGUGCCCCUCGCCUCGCCCUUUGGUUUUGUUCCUUCUUCAUUUCUGUCCUGCCUGCGGCCGCUGGCUCCUGCUUGUAAAUAUGUUUUCAGGGUCACGUCUGGGUGUACAGACUUGCAGAGGACGGUUCUCGUUGUAAAUAAUUAGGCUCAUUCGUUUCGUUUUGUAAAUACAUGUACAUAAAUCAUGGGCUCGGUUCUUACAUACAAUAAAGUUUUAUGCUGUCCCCCA